AUGCGUAAUAUGUCUAGUGACAAUACAAUGCCUGAUAAUGAGUGUCAUCGUUGUUCUGCUGGAAAAAAGGAACCUGUGACACGCACGUGUGAUGAGCAGAAAGAAAUUCUCUCAUCGGUUGUUGACGAUUAUUAUCCUUGGGGAAAACCUGGACACGGGGCUCCCAACGACGAUGGUCUUCGAAAAAGGAAAAUAUUUGCAGAUCCUCCGUCUCCUCCUUGGAAGGAAAUUAGUAAUGAAGUGACGAAAAUGGGAAGACCAGGAGGCGGUGCACCUCAAAAGACGUCGUCCGGAAAAAUCAAAAACUUCCGUAUCGAAGACCCACAACUUAGAUUUCAAUUUCAUGCUCCCGAUAGAAAUAUGGUUGACAAUGAUCUUCGAUACAGAAUGCCAUUGAAAGACCAAAGAGCAUAUAAGUUGGAACUAGAUGAAAUGGUCAGGGAAAAACAAGAAAUAGUAGAAGAGAACCGCAGAAAAGAAAUGAUCCAAGAUCAGAAAUUGAAUUCGAUCGCAGAUCCCUGGGGUACUCCAUGCCCAGGGGGUGUUAUUUGGAGAGAUCCAAAAAGUAUUGGAAAAAACUUCUUUCGAUCGUUGGGAUACGUGGAUGGAAGGAUAUUAAAAUUGGGAUCGCAUUCAAACGACAAUAAAGAAAGCACUGAAGAUAUUGAAGCGAUUACGGGUGGCGUAGAGUUAGCUACGUUACUCGCUUCGAGAAGAAGACAUGACAGUAAAUGGCCAUUGCACACUAGCGACGUAACGAAAAUUUAUGAUCCUAAAUCAAAUUUCUUGAUAGAUGAAAAAGAAUAUCACAAGUUUCUCGAAAGACAAAUCAGUGGGCGAGAAAAACGCAAACAACACGAGCGCGAAGAAGAUAUACAAGAAGGACAAAAGCACCAUGCAAAUUGGAAUGAAUUCUGGGGUAGACCUGGUGGUGGAGCACCAAAAGGAACAACGAGGCAAAAAGAAAAUCUUGAGUAUAUGCUCUAUCAGCUGCCUAUAAUCAAUAGGUUAAAAGAAAAAGAAGAGAGAAAAAAUUGUGGCGAUUGCAAAAAAUCACCAGAAAAAUAA